AGUUUAUCAGGAUUAAAAGUCCAAUAGCAGGACAUAACUUUGCUUGUCAUGCUAUGACGACUUCAUGGGUUCCGCCAAAAAUGUGAUAAGCGAAUCUGUUGAUGCAGAAGAGAAAUAUAACAUGAUGGCUUCUUUCCAACGCUCCAACAGUCACGACAAAGUCAGGAAAAUUGUAGCCGAGGAGGGUCGCACUGCAAGAAACCUGAUUGCUUGGAGCGUGCCCUUGGAGAACAAGGAAGAGGAAGGAAAACCAAAGUGGCAGGUAGGGGCCAAAUCGAAGAGGAUAAACCAAGGAACACACAAAAUUAGCAAACAGAGCACGGCGUCCGAUUGCAAAAUCGCACCAGCCACCGGGGAGAAGACCUACUAUAAAAGCCCCACCAAGACCAGGCAGCCACGGAAAGUGGACCUCCGGGCGCGAUACUGGGCGUUCCUUUUCGACAACCUCAGGCGGGCGGUGGAUGAAAUCUACGUCACUUGUGAAUCGGACCAGAGUGUGGUGGAAUGCAAAGAGGUGCUGAUGAUGUUAGACAAUUACGUGCGGGAUUUCAAGGCCUUGAUAGAUUGGAUUCAGUUGCAGGAGAAGUUGGAGAAGGCUGAUGCUCAAAGCAGGCCAACCUCGCUUGCGUGGGAAGUCAAGAAGAUGUCCCCAGGGCGCCAUGUCAUUCCCAGCCCAUCGACCGACAGAAUCAGCGUGACCUCCAAUGCCCGAAGGAGCCUCAAUUUUGGAGGACCUCCUGCGACCGUUACCUCGAACCGUCUGGCUCCUUCUGGGGUCAGCUGGGCAGACAAAGUCAAGGCCAGCCACCCAGGAACAGCCCCCCACUUGGAGAAAGUGGCAGCCCAGGGCCAGGGGCCCCCGGUAGCGCAGAAGCCCACCCGCAGAAUGGAGAGGAGAGAUGCCGAAGGCUGGGAAACGGUCCAGCGAGGAAGGCCCGUUCGAUCCAAAUCUUCUGCUUUGGUCCCCAAAGCCACUUCGUCUGCGGAAUUAUCGCAAUUUAAGGAUGACAGCGACAAAGAAAACGUCAUUCUUCCACCGCCAGACUACAAACAGAAGGGCUCAUUGGCCAAGGAUGGCAUGUCCAAAAAUUUAGAUCUAAUCCUGAAAGACCAUCAGUGUGAACAUCCGCUCGCUGAGAGGACUCAGUUCACAGGCCGGGUGUUUGAAGAGCUCAAGGUCUCCGAGAAGAUCACUGGACCUUUGCAACCCGUUUCCGAAGUGCCGCUUGUUCUCGUAGACGUCGAAGGCCACUCCGAGAGUCCACAGGCGGGCGCCCACGUCACCUCCGUCGCUCCCACAAGUGAUGACGCAGAAAAUGUCAAGAGCGAAAGCGAAAUGGAUCCUGCAGACAUUUCAAACUCCAUGGCCGAGGUGCUCGCUAAAAAAGAAGAGUUAGCAGACCGCCUGGAAAAAGCCAACGAGGAGGCCAUUGCGAGCGCCAUCGCCGAGGAGGAGCAGCUGACGCGGGAGAUCGAAGCUGAGGAGAACACCGAUAUCAACCUGGAAACGGACAAUGACAGCGACUUCUCUGCCAGCUUAGGCAAUGGCAGCAUAUCCUUCUGCGGCAUUUCCAUGGACUGGAAUGAUGUCCUGGCAGAUUAUGAAGCUCGUGAAUCGUGGCGCCAAAAUAAUUCCUGGGGAGACAUCGUGGAAGAAGAGCCAGCUCGCCCACCAGGCCAUGGAAUCCACAUGCACGAAAAGCUCUCUUCUCCGUCUCGCAAGAGGACAAUUGCAGAAUCGAAGAAGAAGCAUGAAGAGAAACAGAUGAAGGCUCAGCAGCUGAGAGAGAAGCUCCGGGAAGAGAAAACGCUAAAGCUUCAGAAAUUAAUGGAAAGGGAAAAAGAUGUAAAAAAAUGGAAAGAAGAAUUGUUGGACCAGAGGCGAAGGAUGAUGGAGGAAAAAUUGCUCCACGCGGAGUUUAAACGUGAAGUACAGUUGCAAGCAAUUGUCAAAAAAGCCCAAGAGGAAGAAGCUAAGGUGAAUGAAAUUGCAUUCAUAAACACGUUGGAAGCCCAGAAUAAGCGCCACGAUGUUUUGUCCAAACUGAAAGAAUACGAACAAAGACUCAACGAAUUACAGGAAGAACGCCAACGAAGGCAGGAAGAGAAGCAAGCCCGCGACGAAGCUGUCCAGGAACGGAAGAGAGCUCUGGAAGCGGAGCGUCAGGCCCGGGUGGAAGAGCUGCUGAUGAAGAGGAAGGAACAAGAAGCUCGAAUUGAGCAGCAGAGGCAGGAGAAGGAGAAAGCCCGAGAAGACGCAGCUCGGGAACGCGCCAGAGAUCGGGAAGAGAGAUUAGCUGCUCUGACCGCAGCCCAGCAAGAAGCCAUGGAGGAGCUCCAGAAGAAGAUCCAGUUGAAGCACGAUGAGAGCAUCCGGAGGCACAUGGAGCAAAUCGAACAGAGGAAAGAAAAAGCCGCCGAAUUAAGCAGCGGAAGGCACGCCAACACGGACUAUGCGCCCAAACUCACCCCCUACGAGCGAAAGAAGCAGUGUUCCCUCUGCAGUGUUGCGAUUUCCUCGGAGGUGUAUCUCUUUAGCCACAUUAAGGGAAAAAAGCAUCAGCAAGCUGUGAGAGAAAACAGCAGCAUCCAAGGCCGAGAGCUCUCCGAUGAAGAAGUGGAGCACCUGUCCUUAAAGAAAUACAUCGUGGACAUUGUGGUAGAAAACACGAUUCCCACCGAGCCUAUAAAAGACAGUGAAGAGAGGCAGAAGACAAAAAAGAAAGCCAAGAAAUUGAAGGCACGGAUGAACUCAAGGGCAAAGGAGUACGAGAACGGAAUGGAGUCCAAAAAUGUCUCCUGUGAGUCUCCGUACAAAGCAAAGCUACAACGAUUGGUGAAAGAUUUGCUGAAGCAGCUUCAGAUUCAAGAUGGUAGCAAAAUCUCCGCUCUGGAUAGGAUUCUGGGAGAUAUUUCACGCAUCCUGGAAAAAGAGAGCCGGGAGCUCAACGUUCCUGCCUUAAACCCUCCCUGCCACCGCCCAGCCAGGUUUAUUCCGUGUCAUGUUGUGUUUCGUGUCUAGGUAUGUGUCCCAGAUGAUCACAGUGCUACCCCAGGAAGAGCCAUUAACAAGCAGGCCUUUGAAGGACUAAUAACUGGAGCGCUCAGGAUCUUGGCUGUAGUGUUUGAGUCUCUGAUGUCCAACCUACCUAACGCCAGUAACCAAAUUUGUGCACCAAAAUUGACUCAAGAUACGAAAAACAAGACCUCCCAAGCGGAAAUGUUUAACAAUAGGAUACAAGACCUUAUCAGCUACGUGGUGAACAUUGGCUUAAUAGAGAAGCUGAGCUGCUGCUUCCUCUCUAUCCAAGGCCCGAUUGACGAAACCCCCAAAACGGCGGCCUUCUUGCAGAGCUGCACCGCCGCCCUGCAUGGGAUGUGUCAGCUGUGCUUCGCUGUCAAUGGCAGGUCCGGCUUUAGCAUCUUCGCCGGGACCCACCAGGAUCCCACCGGGCUGACAGCGGCUUUCAAGGCCACGGAUCUGGUGGGCGUUUUGCACAUGCUCUACUGCGUUCUCUUCCACGGCACCCUAGUGGAACCCAGCGCGGCCAACCCGAAGGAGAGCUUCGCGGCGAACACCCUGAAAGUCGCUCUCCAGAGUUUGCGCUUCUUCAAUAGUUUUGCUGUGCUGGAUCUCUCCGCCUUCCAGUCUGUGGUUGGCUCUGAAGGCCUCUCCCUGGCCUUCCGGCACAUCAUCAGCUCCUUGCUAUGGCACUGCUCCCACCACACCUGCGAAGUACUACUUCACGAAGUCAUUGUCUGCGUGGGCUACUUCACGGUCAACCAUCCCGACAACCAGGUAAUUGUGCAGUCCGGCCGCCAUCCCACUGUGUUGCAGAAGUUGUGCCAGUUGCCUUUCCAGUAUUUCAGUGACCCUCGGCUUAUCAAAAUCCUCUUUCCGACACUAAUUGCCGCUUGUUACAAUAACCCACAAAACAAGAUCAUUCUGGAGCAAGAAAUGAGUUGUGUGUUGUUGGCCACUUUCAUUCAGGAUUCUACAGAAAGCUCGGGCCCAACAGACAACCAGCCUUCGCAACAAAGGGAAACAUUCUUGGGCGCUCAAGAUUAUUUGGAGCUGUCAAACAGGUUCCCUCGGCAGACCUGGGAAGAGGCCUGGCAGUUUUUCUUGAAGAAAGAGAAAAAAGGAUAAUUUAUUGAAUUGUUUGUUUUGAUUCGUUUUGUUUUGCCAAGACGGUUACUUUUCCUCCCUCUCGUUGAGCAAUUUUGGGUGUCUUGAAGAUGACGUUGGAAAGAUUCUUCGAUCUUGGCAACGCAUAUAUUGUAGAUAUAUAUAUAUAUAUAUAUAUAUAUAGAGAGAGAGAGGUAUAUAUAUAUGUGUGUGUGUGUGUAUAUAUAUAUAUUUUAAAAAGUAUAAUUUGCACUACUUCGGUCGGAAGACUUGUACAUAUUUUGAAAUCCUGUUUCAUGGUUUUGGAAAAGAAAAGAUUUAUUUUAUUGUGAGCGCGUAUCUUUCUGCAAUCUACCAUCGCCAGCUGGCAUUGCAACUCCCACCGCUCCCUAGCUAGCAUGGGCAUUGUAGUUGGACAUAC